GCGUCCGCGAGCGAGCGGGCGGGCGGAGGAGGCCGCGCCAUGGCUCCGUGCGGGAGCUGCCGGUGGGCGCUGCUGCUGGCCUGGCUGCCGGCCGGUUGCCUCUCCCUCCUGGUGACAGUGCAGGAUGUUGAGCGUUAUACCACUUUAUUUGCCACUGUCGUCCUCAAGUGUGACUACAGCACCUCAGCUCAGCUGCAGGAUGUGGUGGUGACCUGGCGUUUCAAGUCCUUCUGCAAGGACCCCAUCUUUGACUACUACUCAGUCUCAUACCAGGCUGGUUUAGCUCUUGGCCAGGACCCAUCUGAUGACUGCAAUGACAGCCAGCGAAGGGUGCGCAUUGUCAUCCAGAAGUAUGGGCAGAAGGAGCCUGUGCUGGGUAUUGACUACCAGCAACGAAAGAUCACCAUUCAGAACCGGGCAGACCUUGUCAUCAGUGAGGUCAUGUGGUGGGACCAUGGCGUGUACUACUGCGCUGUGGAAGCACCAGGAGAUACCUCAGGUGAUGCGGACAAAGAAGUUAAGCUGAUUGUUCUCCACUGGCUCACAGUACUUCUCAUUGUUCUCGGUGGUCUUCUCCUCCUUCUGCUGAUUGGAGUGUGCUGGUGCCAGUGCUGCCCUCAGUAUUGCUGCUGCCACGUCCCAUGUGUCUGCUGCCCGACUCAGUGCUGCUGUAAUGAGGAAGUACUGGAACGGCAUCGGUUCAUGAAGCAGGCUCAGGCACUUGCACCUUGGAUGUCACCCAACAUGUUCUAUGGAGGUGGCGACAGGAACUCUCAACUUUCCUCUUACCAGCUGAACCCUCUACUGCAACAAGAUGUGUCUCUGCAGAACAGUCUUCCGCUGGUGCAGCCACAGGCUCAGCUUUACCCUAAUAAGGGUGUUUUGGACUAUCUGGAGGCUGAAAUCCAAAACAUUAACACGUCACAGCUCCGGCCACACUCCCACCAGCGGCAGGCUGUGCAGCCCAGCUUGCUGUCCUCCCUGGGCUCCGAGAUCGUGCCACCUCCUCCAGCUGAUCACAUCUCCUCCCUCCAUGGGAGCAACAACUCCUCACGGCCGCAGAGAGCUGCCCAUACCCCCAGACCCUGGGACUCUGCAGCAGAGGACAGGAGAGAAAACCGGAGGUGGCCGUUGCCUUCCAGCGGGGAUUCUCAUUCCAGCUAUAGUCGGGAGCCCUGGGACAGGCAGCGAGAGGACCAUCCUCAGAGGCAGAGGACAGGGGGCUACAAUGGCAGGCCCCAGCAUUCCCGACGGGAUGCGUCACCCCCACGCCAGGCUGAGAGGGGCAAGAGCAGUAGCAGCAGCUGCAGUUUCUAUCCAGACGAAGUCAAGGAACGCUCCAGCCACCAUCAUGGCUGGAGACAGGAGCCCGCAGGGAGGCGAGACUACCAGCACCAUACCAGGAGGAGCAAUAACUCAGGUCAGCGGCGGCACAGCUACUCUCCCCCUUCUCGCCGGGGGUCGUGGAGCUCCUCAGAAGAGCAAGUCCGACUGCCAGCGACAAACCGCAGGCGGCGGCACCAGACUCGGGAAUGGCCAGAAGAUAAACCCCCCAGUUAUCGCUCCUUAGAAAUCAUCCCAGGUCAGGACAAGAAGCAAAAAGGCAGCGCAGGGCUACGCUCGGACAGAGGAAGUUCCCACAGUGGAAGAAGCAUAGUCAUUUAGUGCCAGUACUGAAAGAACUGAGAUUCCCACUGGACUGUCUUAGCUGUUCUACUAUGUAGGUUGGGAUGGCUCCUUUUGAUUGAACAGGCAACCAGCAAAAAAAAACAGAUGAAGCAGCUUCCCUUUAGACUUACAACUCUGAAGAAUCUAUGCCUAGUGCCCAUGAAAGCAAUACAUAACCCAUUUUUUUUCUUGCUGUGAUUUGAAAACUCAUGUUUGUGAUGGGCUGUGGUCCGUUGAAAACGUUAUAUUGGAAACAGCAGAUUUUUUCAGUAAGUGGUAUAUUCCCAAUCUUUAAAGAGAGAUACCAGGUGUCUUUGUUAGGCGCCCUGGCACUGCAAGGAUCACAGUCUGUAGAAUACUGGUCCUUUACACACCAGUUACUGGAGAGGGAUUUCAGUGAUCACAGAGUUGUAAAGUCACAGGACACUAGAAUAAUUUAGGUUGGAAGAGGCCUCUGGAGGUCAUCUGAUCCGGUCCCCUGGGAGUUUGGUGUAGUGAGGCACAGCAUGUCCUUUCUAAGGCCCUUUGUGCUUCAGAAUGUGUAAUGUUUCCUGCUUCUGCCUGGCUGCUAGCCUAGUUGGGGCAGUUGCUUCAUUUUGUCCCCAGUAAGCCUUUCUCCCAAACAGAAGGAUCACAGUGUUGGAAGGAUGUUUGACUGCCUUAGUAAGGGCUCACUAGCUCAGCUGCAAAUUGUCAGCUUAUCUACCCAAUACUGACUGAAACAAUCUUCCCUACUUUAAGGCUAGACCUUAGUGCCUUAAAAGAUACUUGUUCUAGCCUUUCACCCAGCCUUGAUUUAUUUGUGAACUUAAAGGACUAAAUUUACAGAGUUUGACCAUCCCUACAGGGACUGAGAAAGGUAUAACUGCUGUCCCUCAUACCACGGACCAGAAUUUCCUUCAACUCUAGGAAGCAUGGCUUUGGUGGAUAUAUCUCUCCUAAGCCAUGUACUCUUUUCUAUGCAUUUUGUAUUCUCCCUUUGCUGUCUGUGCCAUGUAUCAUAUACAUGGGAUGGGAUAAAGGACUCUGAAGAAAUCUCACAGUUACCAUUUUUACUAUUGUCUCAUUUCUCACCUUGCAACUAGAACACAGAAUUUCUCUAUGCUCUGAGACCAGUUGCUAAGGAGAAUAACUUGCCAUUUCUCCUUGAUGUGAUACAUCCACUGUUUUCAUUUAAAAUGUGCUGGAAAAGGGAUGUUCUCUGGAUAAUGGCUGCUUCCAUGGAAAACUGGCUUGCCAAAGGCAUUUCUUGGAUUCAAGAGACUCAACUGUUGUCGAGGAGCUUUUGGAGCAUCUUUUGAAUUAUUUUGUAACCCAGAGGCACUGGAGAUUGGCCCGUAUCAAUGACUGUAUUGCCUAGCUUAUUUCCCAGCCCAUGCCACGUGGGACAAUUGCUACUAUUUGUUCUUUAAUGUCCUAAUUACUGAUGUGCUUAUGUCUUUCCUUGGAAGACUGACUUGGGAUUCACUUUGCCCACCUCCUUUUUUUCUUUUCUUUGGACAAUGAUGGACAUCACACUUGGAGCGAAUGCUCCUAGCUGGAUAUCCGAUGCAGUUGCUGGUUGACCAAAGGCUACUACAGAGAGUGCUUGUUUUCCUACAGUUUCUUGGCUGACUGUUUAUUUCUAAUUCCUGUGUAUGGAGAUAAAGGAGGACCCACAGGCUUCUCUGACUGAUUUCAUUCCAGAAAUGGAGGCCUGGUUUUUGAAGACAGAGGGGCUGUUCACUAGCAGUUGAUGGCUAGCAUAAAAGAGAGCUGAAGGACUAACUCAAAAGUCUGAAUUCAAGAAAGGAACGCUAUAUUAAGGGUAGUCCUUGUCUGCAUUAGACCCAAACUGUGAAUAAUGUGAACUGACCUGUGAGUUACAUCUGAAAUACAGGGAAUUAAGUAUGUUUGCAGAAUUUGCGAAGCCAGUAUCACUUCUGAAUCUGGUUCUCAGCCACUGGCUGCAAAUAAUUUUUAUUGUUGUUUAACGACAAGCUGAGGAUUUUAUACACCCUGUCUUCUAUGAUGGGCUAGUGUUUUUAUUAGUUAAGAGGAGUUUAUCGUGACUACAGUGACAGAAAAUAAUAUGGGGCUCCUUCUUCCAAAACUAGCAUCCAGUUUUGACUUUAGCAUUGCCCUCUGGCAACUUUUAGCAGAUACUCAGGGCCCUGCAGAAUCUACACUUGGAAACUGAAUUGGUGGCUUGAAAUUUGACUUUAUGCUUCCAAGUAGAUCCGUCAUGCAGGACAACUUCUUCCUGUCAUCUCAGUUCAGCCCAAACGUCCAGGUUUCAGGGUAGGGCUGCCCCUUUCUCCAUCAAGAGUAGAAGCUAUUGAGACAGGUGAGAUCCCGAGAUGGUAGCAUGGGAAAGAGUUCAUUUUCCUUCGCAUUCAAGUGUGUAGAAGCCAACAUGCGUCCAGCAAGUUUUCCGAAGACCGAGAUGCCUCUCACACAGCAAGAAAAACCAGAUGCCUCUGUGUGACAGUAGCAACUGUCAAAGCUUGCUGUUGCAGUGUGAGCACACUAACUGCAGAGGCUGUGCUUUUUUUAUCUAAAUCCUAUGAAGGAGCCCUCCAUCUUUAUUUGUUCCUCUAGUCCCCAUAAUUGACCUAGGGUGACUAAUUGUAGAUUGUGUGAACACAAUUUGUGCUGUGUGAAGUCUAAAGAGUUUUAUCUUUAUCAUACUUGAGCUCCUCUUCAGUCAUUUUGUUCAUAAUUGUAGAAACAUUAAACAAAACACUUCAGGGAAAAUUGAUUGUAUCUCAGACUUAAUUUUAUAACUUCUUAAAUUGUGACAGAAGUAGCUUAGGUUAUCCAGCAGGGAAGAAGAAAUGGUACCAGGUUUACUGGUCCACAGACCAGUGCAAAUCAUAGAACACUAGUUGGUGGGCUGUGAAAUAAUGACAAAGGAAAUCUAUAUAUGCGUGUUUUACAACUGCAAGCAGACAGAAAAGAAGGAAAUAGGCUCUGCUUUGAAUGCUUAUUUCUGGUUUUAAUUGGCUAUAAAUGAAAGCUGUUGUGACAGCACUGCACAAUACUAUAUGGACUCUUUUUUUUUUUCCAGUAAGAUUACAGGGUCUUCGACUUUUUAAAAGAGAGAGAGAAUGGAGCAGCUCAAAUACUGCACACUGAAAGAAGUAACAGUAGGAAAUAGCCUAGCCUUAUUCUUUUUACAUUGCAAUUUAUUCAUGCUUAAUUUUUCAGCCAUUCCAAAUAGCUGAUGUUCACAUGUCAGCCCAUUUGCGAUGAAAAAAAGUUGAAUAUAUUUCACAUAUGAGAGUUAUUGCUAUUCUAGACUUUUGUUCUUCCUGUCAUGCAGAGGAAGGAAUAUACUUUAUCCCCAAGAAUAAAUUUUCUGUCUCAGAUAAAGUGCCUUGAUAGCCACUGGAGUUACCCUAAUUUAAAAUAAUACUGUAAUGAGUAAGUGACCAUGCCACAUGGGGCAGAUAAGGAUGCCUGUGCUGCUCCUGUCAGAUGCUUUCUACCUCAGACCAGAGAUUCAUAAGAGACAUCAAAAAAUAAUGUAAUUUUUCUUUGAUUAAGAAAGGACUUGCAGUAUCUGGCUUUCUUGCUUAUUUGCAGAGCACCCUGCCAUUCCAGAAUGCCGUUCCAGGAAUGGAGGGCAAGGGCUGCUUCUUGUGCAAUCAUUGAUCUGGUCUUGGCAAGUGCCUCUUUGGCAGUAGAAAGUGCUGAAAUGCCCAGUUGCUAUCUCUGGGAUUGUAUUCAUGACAGCACUAGCUAAAGUUAGGCUAACUUUGGAGGGGUGGAAAGUUGCCUUGUGUGAUAACCACCACAAUGCAAAGCUCUUCAGCAGUACAUAUUACUACAUAGGGUAGCUAAGUCCCCUCUGUGUUACUACCUCCAGCUGCACAUCAGUUUAAAAGACCCACUUAAUAUGGUUAGAGCCUUCCAUUUGUCGACCUGGCAUAAGAGAAAGAUGACACUUGAGGUUAUAUUAAACUAACCCGCACAAGUAAUGACUGCUCAUUGCUAUUUCUGCUAAGUUUAAUGCCUAUAAUGUGCUCUGUGCUGGUCUUCUGAAUAUUAUUCCAGCUGUAAAAGCAGAUAGUAGAUGUGUAGAUUCUUUUCAAUGACUGUCAAAUGAAUAAUUAAAAUAUAAGAGAACUUUCA